AUGGUUGGUAGAAACUUUAGCAAGCGAGGAAGCACGCCUAUGAAUCCAUUUGAUAAGCCACGUCUGUUAAGAGAGACUCAGCUUGUAGGAAUAUACGGAUUGAAGAACAAACGAGAGCUCUGGGUGAUGAACGAAGUGUUUGCAAAGGACAAGGAGCGCGCAAGGAUCCUGCUUACGUCCACAAAUCCUGAAGAUGUUCCUACAAACGGGCGCUCAUUGCUCAUGAAGCUGAUGAAGUACGGGAUUAUGAGCGGAAUUGAUAUGUGUGAUAAGCAAGAGGUCAUAUCUGGAUUGAACAAGGUUCUUGAUCUGACUAUCAACCACUACUUAGAAAGACGUCUUCAGUUCAGGGUGUUUGCAGCAGGACUUGCAAGGUCUGUGCAUCAGGCAAGAGUGAUGAUCAAGAGCAGAUGCAUUUCGAUUAAGGACCAGAUUGUCACUGCACCUGGAUUCAUGGUGAUGGCAGAAAACGAGCCUCUGAUCGAGUACAACCCGUACUCUGCAUACGGAGAUAAAGGCAAGAAAAAUAAGGUUGCCUCUAAAACUGACGGAGAUGAAUAG